AUGACGGAUAAAGGACGUGAGCAGUCUCCCAUUGCGGAGCGUCCGGCGAAUUUGUCGGAUAUUGCGCGUAUAAAAACGACCCGCAGUGUCAGCGGAAGUGCCCUCCCGACUGUUGAUCUCGACCCCACCACUCUGCAGCUACUGGAGGAGAAUGAAAGUAUGUUGUAUGAAAUCAAUCGACUCCAACGGGAACUACGGACCUCGCAGGAGGAGGUCUCCAAAUUAAACACCAUCAUUACAUCCCAACAGGAGGAGGUGGCGGCAAUGCGGGAGAAAUUAAAUGAUGCGAACACACACGCCCGUGAUGCCUCUGGGCGUAUUAUUAAUUAUAAAGUGGAGUGUGAGCGGUUAACAGGGGAGAAUACGCGGCUGGCGCGGGAGUAUGCGGAGGUGUGUGCCGAGUUGGAACAACACACAGAGAAGAUCCGACACGACACCAACGGCAUGCGUCCCGACACCGCACGUGGAUUGGCAAACGCACAAAUUCGUCAAUUUCACCGUGAGAUGAUUGGAUUGUUUCCAUCUGUUCAACACGUGGUGCACUCCCUGCGCCGCUCUAUUCCCGCCAGCAGCGCCGAUACCGAACGGGUACUCGAAAGUGUGCGGAAGGAACGGCAUGAACUGCAGCGACUCGCCGAUACCGUGCGGAGAAUGGGCGGUGGAUGGGAAAGAAAUAAUAAUAAUAAUAAUAACAAGAACAACAAGAAGAAUGAGGAGGAGAAUAAUGAAAUGGGUGGAAAUGAAACAGAAAGGGAAAAGGAACGGGAUGUCCUCGCACGAGCACAGAAGGGUGAAGAACUUGAUGCCCCAGGGGAUCUCGCGGUGUUGAUUCGCUGGAUGAUUGUGGAAGCCCUUGACGCCGGCAUUACCUCAACGCGGGGGAAUUUAACACUCUUUGAAAAUGCCAUCAACACAGAUCCCAACAGCCCCGUGAGUAGCAGCACGAACAAGGGUCGUAAUAAUAACAAUGGGACUACCAGCAAUACGAACAGCAAUAAUAACAAUCGUAAUAAUACCCCAACACCAAGUGAAGAGAGAGGAGGAGUGAGCCGUUGGGCAAAAGGAGCUGCACGUCGUUUUAUGGGCGAUCCUAAAAAGUAG